UGUUUGUUACAAAAGUUAGGUAACAUUUUGACAUCCCAUUGACUUAUUUUCAUGCAUUGUGUAUACAUUUCAUGGCGUUUUUCUUGUUUUCUUGCAGUUAGAAGAGAAAAACAACGCAGAAUCUUCUGUGAAAAACGACGAUCACAGCAGUUCCAGUCGUUAAGAAUGGCUGCCUCAUGGUGAGAGGCAAGGUUGUCCUAACUGGAGUGCCAGACAAUGUUGUCGUCUCACCAGCAAGCUCGGGGGCAGCCUUCGUUGGGGCCAAGGCCCCCACCUCAAGCUCUUGCCAUGUCAUCAAUCUUGGGAUUCUUGAGGAUUACAAGUUUAUGUGCUUGUUUAUAGCCAAGAUUUGGUGGAUAGCGCGAGUUGGGAGAUCAGCGAGUGAGAUUCCAAUGGAGACUCAGAUGCUUAUGUUGGAGGUAGGGGAGGAUUCAGUGCUAGGCGUGGCAGAAGAAGAAGCUCCUGCAAUGGGGCAGAGAUUCUACGUGCUCAUGCUGGCUGUGCUGGACGAGGGACUGCAUUCAAUUCUGCUACCAAAGUGGUUGGUUUCAUCUCAAGAAAGAGCAUUAUUUAUACUGUUCCAUUCUGUUGCUCUUUUGAAGUGUUGAGACUGCACAAGCAAUGGAGGGAGUGUUUGUUAACUCAGGGGAUAAUCCUUUUGAAUUGAUCAACGAUUCAAUCAGGAUUCUCUCCAAACACAAGGGUACAUUCACUCAUCUACAAAACAACAAGGUAUGUUAUAUAUUAGAGUAAAGGUCAAAAUUGGUCCUGAACAUAUAGCCAUUUUACGAUUUUGGUCAUAAACAUUAUCUUUUGGAUUUUUUGGUCCUGCACAUA